AUGGCCGCUGCUUAUUACGAACAGGGCGGUAUCGAUGGUGCUCGCUCCCCAGAUCUGUUUCUCGACUACUUGAACCGUCGGUACGGGGACCCGAACGCAAAGGCACGAGCACUGGAUCGACUUCGAUCGUUGAAGCAGAAGCCUGAUGAGAGUUUCGCCAGUUUCUUCCCAAAGUUCGAGAAAGAGCUUGCCGAUAGUGGCGGUGGCGAGUGGGCCGACGUGGUGCAAAUCAAUUACUUGGAAGGAGCAAUUAAUAAUAGGCUCAAGUCGAGUCUCGUCAGUGCCGUCAGUCUCCCGAAGGAUUUCAACAGCUACGCCGAGCUACUCUUGACGAUUGGCUCGCGCCUAGAUAGCCUCAAUUUCCACCAACGACAACAAGGCCGCGAGCAGAGGUCAAGAAAGGAUGAGCGCCUUGCCCGCAAGCUUCACCUGCCGCGUAUUCCGAUUAAACCUCGAGCGUUGGAGCAGGUCAACACAUUCUCACCCGAGGCCAUCUGUGCCGUGACCUACUUCGACUUCGAUAUCGACGGGUACCAGAAGAAAAGAGCUUUUUUCUACGUUGUGCGAGACCAGACCGAUCCUGUGAUUCUGGGCAAGAAGUGGUUGAACCAGGAGGAUGUCACCUUGCGAUUAUCGCAGAACCUCUUGCAUAUCGGGACGCACGACCAUUGGGUGAAAGGCCGAGACCCGAAGGAGGAGGAACGGUGCAACAUACGAGGACAGGCGGCGUUCGUGUUCGCCGGAAUGGUUCGCCGAGCAAGAAAGUUCAAGCAUCGAGACGAUGGAGUGCGGAUCUUCGCCGCAAGCCUGAAAGACAUUGAGAAGGCAUUGACUCCGAGGAAGAAGUCAGACCCGAGAGAGAAGCUGCCCCGUCACUACCACGAGUACCUAUCCGUCUUCGACCGCGACCAAGCGGACCAACUCCCACCGCGUCGUCCGGGGUGUGAUCACAAGAUUCAGUUAGAGAGAGGCCCUGAUGACAAGGAGAAAGAACCGCCGUGGGGACCAUUGUACGGCAUGUCACGAGAAGAGCUCAUUGUUCUGCGAAAGACUCUCACUGAGCUACUCGACAAGGGUUUCAUUCGAGCAAGUAGUUCUCCAGCGUCAGCACCAGUUUUGUUCAAAGACCGAUAUCCCUUGCCGUUGAUCGAGGAAACUUUGCGGUCGCUGUCCAAGGCCAAGUGGCUCACCAAACUUGACGUUAUCGCAGCAUUUCACAAGAUUCGCGUCGAGGAGGAGACGAGUGGAAGACAGCAUUCAGAACACCGUUACAUAAACCACACGUUGCGAGAUUUCCUCGACGAGUUCUGUUCCGCUUACAUUGACGACAUCUUGAUCUACUCGAGCGAUGCAGGCCUGCAGAUUGAUAUCGACAAGUGUGACUUUGAGGCAAAGAGUGUCAAGUACCUGGGCUUCAUCGUCGAAGCCGGGAAAGGUAUCCGCGUGGACCCGGAGAAGGUGCAGGCAAUUCAGCAGUGGCAGCGACCCCGUUCUGUCAAAGGCGUCAGAAGCUUUCUGGGGUUUGCCAACUAUUACCGGCAAUUCAUUCCCAGAUUCUCCAACAUCGCCGCGCCUCUAACGGCGUUAACAAAGAAGGAUGCGGUGUUUGCGUGGUCGAAGGAGUGCGACAAGGCCUUCGAGGAGUUGAAGGCUCUUCUGACCAGUGCGCCGGUCCUUGCGCAAUGGGAUCCGGAUAGAGAGACGAUUGUGGAGACGGAUUCAUCCGGUUAUGUCACAGGAGGGGCGCUCUCGCAAAAGGGCGAUGACGGCAUCAUGCGGCCUGUGGCCUUCUUCUCAAAGAAAAACGCACCGGCGGAGUGCAACUACCCAAUCCACGAUAAAGAGCUGCUGGCGAUCAUUCGCUGCCUUGAGCAUUGGGACGCCGAAUUGAGGAGUGUGAAGUCCUUUACCGUUUUGACGGAUCAUCUCAACCUCCGUUACUUCACCAAGAAGCAGCAACUGAGUGAACGUCAGGCGCGAUGGGCUGAGACGCUAUCGCGGUACAGCUUCACCAUCAAGCAUCGACCGGGCAAAGAAGCCGUCGUACCGGACACGCUGUCUCGACGAGAACAGGACAUGCCGCACAGCGCCGAAGAUGAUCGGUUGCAAGGACGACGUGUUCAGCUGCUGCAACGUAACAAGGGUGGCCUGGUGACAAAAGUCAAGAGCGGUUAUGUCACCAAGGGCGACACGGAUCAACCCGAUGACGCAACAACUGACCAAGACGACUCAAUCGAAAACCCUUUCUCGGACCCGGAACUGCAGAAGUUAUGGGACGAAGGUGUCAAGAAGCACAAUCGUUAUUGGCUCAUCCGAAAGGCCGUACAGCAAGGCGAGAGGCGUCUGCCGUCGCAUUGGGGACUGCCCGUGAUGCUCUCGGAAUGCUCGAUUGACGAUGGACAGCGGCUCUGCUGGCGAGAGCGAAUUUGGGUGCCGAACCACGAACCCUGCGCACGCGGCUUAUGCAGGAGACGCCUCGAUUCAGACGUGCGUCAAUUUCCGCUACCUAUUCCAGACAGGAUCUGGUCGGAGCUGUCAAUUGACUUUGUGACAGACCUGCCACCAACCAAGUCGAACGGUUCGACCAACCUUAUGGUCGUGACGGACAGACUGUCCAAAAGUGUCGUUCUUGAGUCAUUGAAGGACAUCACGGCCGAGACGACGGCCAGAGCAUUGCUACGGAACGUGGUGCAACACCAUGGCGUGCCGCGCGCGAUCGUCACUGACCGUGGCACGCAAUUCACCAGUAGACUAUGGCAGAGGCUCUGCGAGCUGCUACGCGUGAAGCAAAGAUUGUCUACGGCGUGGCAUCCCGAGACUGACGGUGCAACAGAAAGGGCGAAUCAGGAAGUCGAGAGAUAUCUGAGGAUCUUUGCUGCUUAUGCUCAGGAUAACUGGGAAGAGCUGUUGCCAGCGGCCAUGAUGGCCAUCAACAAUCACAACUCGACGUCGACAGGCCUGAGCCCGUUCUUUAUCACGCAUGGGUAUCAUGUUGACCCGAUACAAGUCAAGGAGAAGUUACGGACGGACGGAAGGUCCCCAGUGACCAGGGCUGAAAGCAUUGUGCAACGAUUUCGAGAGGCAACGGAAUGGGCCCAGGCGGCAAUUGCGUCAGCGCAAGAGCAGCAAGAGAAGAACGCCAAUUCGCGAAGACAGCCGUCAGACCAGUUCAAGCCUGGAGACAAGGUAUGGCUGCGACUUCGCAACAUCCGAUCCAAUCGGCCAUCCAAGAAGCUCGAUUGGCUGUCGGCCAAGUACACCGUCCUGGAGACCAUUGGGUCACACGCGUGCAGGCUGGACACGCCUCCGGGAAUACACAACGUGUUCCACACGUCGGAUGACUACCGCCCACCGGCCAUUUUGACGGACGAUGGCGAGCUGUGGGAAGUGGAAGAGAUUCUGGACAGGAAGAAAGUCGGGAGAGAGUGGAAAGUGUUGGUGAAAUGGCACUGGCUAGGUAUGAAGAAGUUCAUGGGAAAGUUGGAUCGAAACCACCCCAAUCGAAACGAUCGAAACGGGGAGGAAGGAGGGGUUAUUGUAACGGGCUGA